CUUUGCUGCACUGUCUACUAGAUGAGCCUGGCUCGCGGCAGGGCGCCUUGUCGCGACUGUGAUUAUGGUUCUUGCGACGCCGACCAGGAGCCGAGACAAUGUGAGGUCAUCGCAACGACUCAUCGAAUCUCGAGUCCAUGGCCGAAAUCCGUCAGACCAACCCGCAGCGCUUCCCUUCAGCUUUUCAAACGCUUCACUCGUGACGAAUCGCAAAUCGGACAAGACUCUCGAGUUUGUGGUGAGUCGAGGCGCAGAAGCGAGAAUCUAAAAUUGCGAACCUCGGGCAGCGCAUGCGACACACCAAAGAGAUCGAAAGAGGCUUUUGCAUCCUUUUAAUUCGCAAGCACCGUGUACGUCAUGGAAGGGGACUGCUCAAUCGUGCAAGACGGCAAAGAAUAAAAGGCUCUCCUGCCCGCAAGCUAAGGGGCUCUGCCGCGCAGGCAGGUCGAGAGGUGCUGAGACUUGGGAUGAGAGAAGAGAUACGAAUCGAGGCGAGCUAGUAUCGCAUUUACAGGGAUGAAGGCGAGGAACUGUGGGCGCGAGUCUAUCUUGAGGGGGAGCGCUAGCGAAAGACGAGGCCUUAUGCGAGCUUGGAACAUCGAUGGCCAGCGCAAGCAUGGGGUACAAACAGGAUUUCCCAUCACAACAAAGGUUGCCAAACAUGUGUGGAAAGCGCCUAGUGCAAUUCAUUUGCUGGCGCGCCCAAUGUAGCUCGCAGACUGUUGUGACCGACCAGACAUGCGCCACUCUUCGGUGCACCCUACAUACAAUCCCCCACAGUAGAGGCUUGAUCGCCACAGCAACGACAAGACGGCCGAUGAAGUAGAUC